CUCAGUCUAGGGCGGAAGGGGAACGCGGCGACAACCCGGAGCGGUCGUUCCUCAGCCCACAGGAAGCAGAGGCGAGAGUCCUACAUGUGCGUGUGUUGCUGUGCAUAUACAGAGCACCGCUUGAAGACUGAACGCUUUCCCCCGUCAUGGCGGAGAGGAUCGAGCAACGCAUUGAAGACCGGAUCCCCGAGCUAGAGCAGCUGGAGAGGGUUGGGCUCCUCACUCGUAAAGAGAUCAGGGCAGUUAUUAAGAAGACCUCAGCCCUUGAAUAUAAAAUACAACGGAGAGCACUUCAUAAGGACGAUUUUAUCAGCUAUAUCCAGUAUGAAAUCAAUCUAUUGGAACUGAUUAAGAAAAGAAGAUUGCGCACCGGCUACUCGUUCAAGAAAGAUGAGAUUGAGUACUCCAUUGUGCAGAGAAUACAUGGUGUCUUCAAACGUGCCACAACAAAAUGGAAGGAUGACCUCCAGCUGUGGCUGUCUCAUGUUGCAUUUUGCAAGAAAUGGAACAGGAAAAUACAGCUGAGCAAGGUGUUUUCUUCCAUGUUAGCCCUUCAUCCACACAAACCAGCUCUCUGGAUCAUGGCUGCAAAAUGGGAAAUGGAGGACCGUCUGUCCUCUGAAAGUGCCCGGCAGUUGUUCCUUCGUGCGUUGCGUUUCCACCCAGAAUGUCCCAAACUCUAUCAAGAGUAUUUUAGAAUGGAACUAAUGCAUGCUGAAAAGCAAAGGCAAGAGAAGAAAGAAUUUGAGCAAGCAAAGAUGGACUUGGGCGAAUUCAGUUAUUCUGAGGAUGUACUUAACGGUGAAAUGGCUCGAAUUGUCUGCAGAAAUGCUAUUCAAAAAAUCAAAGGUUCAGAGUUUCUUCUGUCACUGCUGUCAGUUGCAAAACUCUUUGAUUUUACACAUGACCUUCAAAAAGAAAUCCUGGAGAACUUGCAGGCGGAAUACGCCAACGAUCCUCUUAUGUGGGAUUACGUGGCACGUCAGGAGCUGGGGAAAGAGUCAUUGCCAUCAUCAGAACAUCUGUCUAAACAGUCAAAAGCCCUGGAAGUGGCCCACAAAGAAGAACGUUGUUGCACAGUGUUUGAGAAAGCUGUCACCUCCCUUCCCACAGAGGACAUGUGGAAAUGUUACGUCACUUUUUGCUUGGAGAGAUUUAACCGGAAGACUAACAGUGAAGAAUUAAGGCAAAAGAGGCUGAAAAGGAUUUUAAGUGUUUUCAGUCAAGCUCAUGAAUCGCAGCUGCUGCCAGCUUCUCUCUAUAAGCAGUGGCUUCAGCUGUUACUGGAGCUUGACCUCCAAGAGAAAGCUGAAGAGGUGGCAGCAGCAGCAACCAGACAGUUCAGCCAUUUGGUAGAAAUGUGGGAGAUGAGGCUGCAGUUGCUACUCAAGCUGAACGCUGAUGGUGUCGCUUCUUGUUUCGAGGAAGCUUUUAAAGUGGUUAAAGUGAAGGACAGCUUGCCAUUGUGGAUUUUAUGUACAGAAUUGAGUGAAAGUGUCAAUAGCACAGCCGAAACUGAAGCACUCUAUCAGAGAUCUUUACUUGCCACGCUUCCUGCCAACUCAGUAACCAUGAAGGAAAAGUACCUUGAAUGGGCUUACAAGGCUGGUGGUUAUAAGAAAGCAAAGAAGAUUUUUACCAGCUUGCAUGAAAGCCGCCCAUUUUCGCUUGAGUUCUUCAAGAAGAUGAUUCAGAUUGAAAAGGAGCAAGAAUCCUGUAAAAUGUUCAAUAUCCGAGAAUAUUACGAACGUGCCUUGAGAGAGUUUGGUGCCACAGACUCUGAUCUUUGGCUGGAUUACAUCAGAGAGGAGCUGAAUCAUUCCCAAGGCAAACCUGAGAACUGUGGCAGUAUUCACUGGAGAGCUAUGAAAACACUGCAGGGAGAACAUGUGGAAACUUUUAUUUCAAAGUACACGUUGCUGCAAACUGGGCACCUGUGAGAAAUGUAAUUGCAGAUGCGUCUUACAUUGUGUGCUAUUGUUUUCACCCAAAGGCAAAUAAAUACUUACUUUGGGGUG